AUGCUGGGAUAUUGCCGGUGGUACCAGAUGCAUGCUGGGAUAUUGCCGGUGGUACCAGAUGCAUGCUGGGAUAUCGCCGGUGGUACCAGAUACAUGCUGGGAUAUUUCCGGUGGUACCAGAUGCAUGCUGGGAUAUUGCCGGUGGUACCAGAUGCAUGCUGGGAUAUCGCCGGUGGUACCAGAUGCAUUCUGGGAUAUUUCCGGUGGUACCAGAUGCAUGCUGGGAUAUUGCCGGUGGUACCAGAUGCAUGCUGGGAUAUUGCCGGUGGUACCAGAUGCAUGCUGGGAUAUCGCCGGUGGUACCAGAUGCAUGCUGGGAUAUUGCCGGUGGUACCAGAUGCAUGCUGGGAUAUCGCCGGUGGUACCAGAUGCAUGCUGGGAUAUUGCCGGUGGUACCAGAUGCAUGCUGGGAUAUUGCCGGUGGUACGAGAUGCAUGGCUGAGAUAUUGCCGGUGGUACCAGAUGCAUGCUGGGAUAUCGCCGGUGGUACCAGAUGCAUGCUGGGAUAUCGCCGGUGGUACCAGAUGCAUGCUGGGAUAUUGCCGGUGGUACCAGAUGCAUGCUGGGAUAUCGCCGGUGGUACCAGAUGCAUGCUGGGAUAUCGCCGGUGGUACCAGAUGCAUGCUGGGAUAUUGCCGGUGGUACCAGAUGCAUGCUGGGAUAUUGCCGGUGGUACCAGAUGCAUGCUGGGAUAUUGCCGGUGGUACCAGAUGCAUGCUGGGAUAUUGCCGGUGGUACCAGAUGCAUGCUGGGAUAUCGCCGGUGGUACCAGAUGCAUGCUGGGAUAUUGCCGGUGGUACCAGAUGCAUGCUGGGAUAUUGCCGGUGGUACCAGAUGCAUGCUGGGAUAUUGCCGGUGGUACCAGAUGCAUGCUGGGAUAUUGCCGGUGGUACCAAAUGCAUGCUGGGAUAUCGCCGGUGGUACCAGAUGCAUGCUGGGAUAUCGCCGGUGGUACCAGAUGCAUGCUGGGAUAUUGCCGGUGGUACCAGAUGCAUGCUGGGAUAUCGCCGGUGGUACCAGAUGCAUGCUGGGAUAUCGCCGGUGGUACCAGAUGCAUGCUGGGAUAUCGUCGGUGGUACCAGAUGCAUGCUGGGAUAUUGCCGGUGGUACGAGAUGCAUGCUGAGAUAUUGCCGGUGGUACCAGAUGCAUGCUGGGAUAUCGCCGGUGGUACCAGAUGCAUGCUGGGAUAUCGCCGGUGGUACCAGAUGCAUGCUGGGAUAUUGCCGGUGGUACCAGAUGCAUGCUGGGAUAUCGCCGGUGGUACCAGAUGCAUGCUGGGAUAUCGCCGGUGGUACCAGAUGCAUGCUGGGAUAUUGCCGGUGGUACCAGAUGCAUGCUGGGAUAUUGCCGGUGGUACCAGAUGCAUGCUGGGAUAUUGCCGGUGGUACCAGAUGCAUGCUGGGAUAUUGCCGGUGGUACCAGAUGCAUGCUGGGAUAUCGCCGGUGGUACCAGAUGCAUGCUGGGAUAUUGCCGGUGGUACCAGAUGCAUGCUGGGAUAUUGCCGGUGGUACCAGAUGCAUGCUGGGAUAUUGCCGGUGGUACCAGAUGCAUGCUGGGAUAUUGCCGGUGGUACCAAAUGCAUGCUGGGAUAUCGCCGGUGGUACCAGAUGCAUGCUGGGAUAUCGCCGGUGGUACCAGAUGCAUGCUGGGAUAUUGCCGGUGGUACCAGAUGCAUGCUGGGAUAUCGCCGGUGGUACCAGAUGCAUGCUGGGAUAUCGCCGGUGGUACCAGAUGCAUGCUGGGAUAUCGUCGGUGGUACCAGAUGCAUGCUGGGAUAUUGCCGGUGGUACCAGAUGCAUGCUGGGAUAUCGCCGGUGGUACCAGAUGCAUGCUGGGAUAUUGCCGGUGGUACCAGAUGCAUGCUGGGAUAUCGCCGGUGGUACCAGAUGCAUGCUGGGAUAUCGCCGGUGGUACCAGAUGCAUGCUGGGAUAUCGUCGGUGGUACCAGAUGCAUGCUGGGAUAUUGCCGGUGGUACCAGAUGCAUGCUGGGAUAUCGCCGGUGGUACCAGAUGCAUGCUGGGAUAUCGUCGGUGGUACCAGAUGCAUGCUGGGAUAUUGCCGGUGGUACCAGAUGCAUGCUGGGAUAUUGCCGGUGGUACCAGAUGUCUCUCUUUCUCACCGUCGCAGCAGAGUUUUGGCGAAGGCAUCGAUCCGUGA